AUAAUAAUGAUUGAUAAAUAUUCUGUUUUUUCUUCUUUUUCUUAUUUCUCCUCUCCACAACUGUAUCAUACUCAUCAUCCAUCGCUCAAGGUUACAUUUUCAAGGACGAAAAGCUCUCUAUAAAAUAGCAACAAUAUCAGGCAAUAUUGAUAAAGAAAGAAAAUAGAUAAGGAUUUCAAAGUCGAAGCGGAUAAAAGAAAAAAAAAAUGCCAACGGCCAAAGUCGUUCUUGAGAAUGUGUUUGGCAUGCUUGGGAUUAUAUUCUGGAGUUUCCAGUUGCUCCCCCAAGUCAUUGACAAUUAUAAGGCAAAGACGACUGAGGGACUAUCUGCAAGCAUGUUCUUGUUCUGGACAUUGGCGUCCUUAGGAUUUGGAUCAUACAGCAUCAUCGAAGACUUGUCUAUCCCUAUUAUUGUCCAGCCACAUGUCUUUGGUUUCUUUUCGACUACUUGCUUCCUGCAAUGCAUCUAUUAUAAUCAAAAGAAGCGAUGGUCACUGCUAAAAACAUUAGUAAUCAGUUUUCUGCUGGCCGUGGGGUUUGCAGGGAUAGAAGCUGCAGCUUUCUUUGGCACACGUGCUGGCUUGGUUCAUGAUGUCAAAGGGACAUUGGAUGCUGCGGGCAUCUUGCCAGUUGUCUUAUUAGGCGUUGGAUUUAUUCCACAAUACAUCGAUAUUCUGCGCCUUCGAUCCGUCGUUAGUGUCAGCAUGGUCUUUAUCGGUGCUGAUGCUUCUGGCUCAGUGUUUUCGUUAAUUAGUCUAGCCCUUCGAGACACAUUUGAUCUAUUGGCUGCUCUCAACUACGUGAUCGUUUUUGUUUGUGACAUGGUUAUUGUUGCCUUCUACCUUUACUUUAACAAGUACAAACCAUCACCGGAUAUUUGAGCAUGCAGCAUGUUAUACCAAAGUUUAAG